ACUGCCGCUCCGCACAGCCACCAUGGCGUGCGGCGGGACACGCGUGUGCGCUGCCGGGGCUGCGCGCCUGCCUCUCCUCAUGCUGCUGCUGCUGCUGCUCGGCGCCGCUGCCGCGCCGCGCUCCGCGGAUCCCUGCGGCCCCCCGCGCCCCGCCGGAGUGCUGACCCGCGGGGCGCGCAGCCUGCCAGAGCCAAGGCUGGGUGGUGGGGCGGUGGCGGCAGGGGACAGCCGCUCCAAGAGAGCAUCCUCGGCGGCGGGCCGGGAGCAGGUCUCCCUCAUCAGCACCUCCUUCGUGCUGAAAGGGGACGCGUCUCACAACCAGGCGAUGGUGCACUGGACGGGAGAGAACAGCAGCGUGAUCCUGAUCCUUACCAAGUAUUAUCAUACUGACAUGGGAAAGGUGCUGGAGAGCUCUUUGUGGAGGUCCUCAGAUUUUGGGACGUUAUACACAAAGUUGAACCUACAGCCUGGGAUUGCCACUGUUAUUGACAAUUUCUACAUUUGUCCCACCAACAAAAAAAAGAUAAUUCUUGUAAGUUCUUCCCAUAAUGACCGUGACCAAAGCCUUUUCAUAAGCACAGAUGAAGGAGCCAGUUUCCAGAAGCAACCCAUUACUUUCUUUGUGGAAACUCUCCUUUUUCACCCAAAAGAGGAAGACAAAGUACUUGCUUACACCAAGGAUGGCAAGGUUUAUGCAUCCAUUGACUUGGGGAAAAAAUGGAUUCUUCUGCAGGAAAGAGUUUCAAAAGAUCAUAUUUUUUGGGCUGUUGCUGGAGUUGACGGAGACCCUGAUUUAGUUCAUAUGGAAAUCCAGGACCCCAGUGGAGGUUAUCGCUACAUCACUUGCCAGAUUCAGAAUUGCUCUGAUAAGACAAUGACAGUCCAGUUUGCUGGUGGCACUGAUCGGGAUUCCCUAACUGUGCAGGAUGACUACAUAUUUCUUCAGACAACAUCAGCAAAUCGGACCAAGUAUUACGUCUCUUACCGUCGAAAUGGCUUUAUACAGAUGAAGUUGCCAAAAUAUGCAUUGCCAAAAGAUUUACAGAUAAUCAGUACAGAUGAAAACCAGGUGUUUGUGGCUGUUCAGGAGUGGUACCAGACAGACACAUACAACCUGUACCAGUCUGACCCGCAAGGUGUUUACUACUCUAUCCUUCUGGAGAAUGUCCGAAGCACAAAGCAGCCAGAAGAGAAUGUCCUGAUAGAUAUUCUGGAGGUCAGAGGUGUAAAAGGAGUCUUUUUGGCCAACCAGAAAAUUGAUGGGAAAGUUACAACUCUGAUAACCUACAACAAAGGCCGUGACUGGGAUUUUCUAAACCCUCCAGACAUCGAUAUGAAUGGCAAGCCGACAAACUGCAAACCUCCUGACUGCUACCUUCACCUCCAUCUCCGCUGGGCAGAUAAUCCCUAUGUAUCAGGAACAGUGCACACGAAGGACACUGCACCAGGGCUCAUAAUGGGGGCAGGUAACCUGGGCUCCCAGCUGGUUGAGUAUAAAGAAGAAAUGUACAUAACGUCUGACUGCGGGAACACGUGGCGUCAGGUCUUUGAAGAAGAGCACCACAUCUUGUACCUGGACCAUGGUGGAGUUAUUGUGGCCAUCAAAGACACCUCUAUCCCUCUGAAAAUACUGAAGUUCAGCAUAGAUGAAGGCCAGACUUGGAGUACACAUAACUUUACUAGCACAUCAGUCUUUGUAGAUGGAUUGCUUAGUGAACCUGGAGAUGAGACACUGGUCAUGACGGUCUUUGGACAUAUAAGCUACCGUUCAGACUGGGAGCUGGUAAAGGUGGACUUCAGACCAUCCUUCCCCAGGGAGUGCACUGAUGAUGAUUAUGAGUCUUGGGAGCUCACAAAUCUACAGGGUGAUCGUUGCAUCAUGGGCCAACAGAGGAGCUUUCGAAAGAGGAAGAUUACAUCAUGGUGCAUUAAAGGGAGAAGUUUCACAUCAGCUCUCACAUCCAAAGUCUGUGAAUGUGUGAACUCUGAUUUCCUAUGUGAUUAUGGGUUUGAGCGCUCUGCACCUCUGAAGUCAGAGUCCAGCAAAUGUUUUGCUGACUUUUGGUUUAACCCAGAAGCACCUCCUGAAGACUGUGUGCUGGGGCAGGCAUACACCAGCAGCACUGGGUACAGGAAAGUUAUUUCUAACGUGUGUGAAGGUGGCGUAGACCUUCAGCAGAACUUAGCACAGCAUAUGUGUCCGCUGAUUGCUCCCAAAGGACUUCAGAUCAGCAUCAGGGAAGAAAGCCUGGCCAUUAAGCCUGGGGAAGAUAUCACCUUCAUUGUCAGACAAGAGCAGGGUGAUGUAUUGAAUACCAAAUACCAGGUAGAUCUUGGAGACGGCUUUAAGGCAAUAUAUGUGAACCUUACGAUGACUGGCGAACCCAUCCGUCACCACUAUGAGAAUCCUGGGAUUUACCGGGUCUCGGUGAAGGCUGAGAAUGUGGCUGGGCACGACGAGGCUGUGGUGUUCGUCCAAGUCAACUCUCCACUGCAGGCUUUAAAUUUAGAAGUGGUUCCAGUCGUUGGUAGAAACCAGGAGGUGAACCUGACAGCCAUCAUACUGCCUAAGAACCCCAAUUUGACAGUCUUCUACUGGUGGAUAGGAAACAAUCUGCAGCCGCUCCUUACAUUGGAGAGUUUUUUGGUGACGAAGUUUGCUGAGACAGGUGACAUCAGAGUAACAGUGCAAGCUUCCUGUGGGAGCUCCAUGCUUCAGGACUCAAAAGUUGUCCAUGUUUUUGAUAAUUUUCAUGUUCUUGCUCUGAAGUUUACUAAGCACCUGGACACGUACAACCCCGACAUACCGGAGUGGAGGGAAGACAUAGGACGGGUAGUAACACGACUUCUUGCAAAGGAAACAAAUAUACCUGAAGAAACACUCAUGACAGUUGUGAAACCUGGUCUGCCCACAACUGCUGACUUGCAUGUGCUACUACCAGCAAAUCAACCAAAAAGGAAGAGAAGCGUAACUAGUGAUAAGAGAAUAGCAGCUAUAAAGCAGGCCUUGAAUGCACACAACAUCAGUUUCUUUCUGAGGGGAGGAUACUGGGUCUUAGUGACUUUAGCUGACUCCAGUUCAGACUCUCAGAGGAUUGGAGGAGGCAGUGGCUACUGGGCUAUUGUGAUUCUCUUUGUUAUCUGUCUAGUUGCAGUUGGAGCUUUCAUCCUCUACAAGUUCAAAAGGAAACUGCCAGGCAGAAAUGUCUAUGCCCAGAUGCACAAUGAAAAAGAACAGGAAAUGACAAGCCCUGUUAAUCAUAGUGAGGACACCCAGAACAUCAUCCAGGGUGAGGAGUUUAUUGAUGAUGAUCUGGACUCGCAAACACUAGGUAACGCAAGAGGUUCUUGGAGGUGUUAGCUUUGAGCACGUGGAAAGAAUCCAGCCUCUUUCUUUGCUUUGUGUAUUUAUAUCUUUUCUUUGACAACCUUUGUGUAUGAGUAUCACUAUUUUUUCAUUCAGAUUUUGCAAGACGACCUUGAUUGCACUCCUGUCUUUACUGGAGUUAGUUCCAAAAGCAAACCUGGAAAAGCAAAGUCUAUGUUAAAAUUGUUUGAUCAACUCAUCUCCAAGGUCUUUAAAGGAGAAGGUUGAAUGCUAAAAAUUUCCUUGCAGACAUGCCUGUUAAAAUGGAGCAUUGAAACACAUCUAGUAAUGUAUAGAAGCAUAACUACUUUUGAUGGUAGAAAAUCCCUUAUGGCCUAGUUGUAUAGGGCAGCUUGGGAUGCUGGAAUAAAGAAAUGCUGUCCUGGUUUGUAAUGCAUUCAGAAAUAAUCUCUGUUUGCCCUGCACACCUUACUCAGAGAGAGAGAAAGAAAAUCUUCUGUCUGGGCAGAGCAUUAUUAGGGUUAAAGGGUGCGAGAUCUUGAUGUUUUGCUGGGAAACUUACUACAGUUCUCAAGGUUAUUUGUGCUUCUGCCAGGUUGUCAGCACCAGCAGCAUUUCCAAUAGAAUGUAAAGAGCUCAUUUCUAUGGAUGAUAAUCAUCCAUGUAUUGUCAGCUACCGUACAGCUUUUAGACACAAGACUUUAUUUAAUACAUAAAACUGUCCUUCUGCUUGCUGUGCUGCUUUGCUAGUUGCAAUAUUUUCCACUAGCUUCAGUUUUGCUCAGUACUGCCAAGAAAAUAUUCCUGUUAAUGAUACUUUUCUAUUUUAUCUGGCCAGAGAAUAAAACAUGUUGUAAUCUCUGCUUUAUUAAAUCCUGGUUUAUGACAUUAUUUGCAGAAGGUUCCUGUAUUAUGGAGAUCCCUUCUAGUUGUGGUGAGCUUUCUCCCUCCCUAUUGGGAG